AUGGGCAGCAGUGAUAUGGAUAAAACAGGGAAAGAGAAGGAGGCCAAGACGCCAUCUGCUGCUUCUACACAGGAGCAGCCUUCAACUGCCAAUGCUGCCAAUGUAAAUCCUGACUGGUCCGGCUUUCAGGCAUAUUCUCCUAUACCUCCGCCUGGGUUCUUGGCAUCAAGUCCCCAAGCUCACCCAUAUAUGUGGGGGGUUCAGCGGGCCAUUUGGAAGAUAAAUGAGUUUACAGGUCAAAUGAACGCCUAUCAUGUCCCCGCCUGUUUUGAUGACCUUGAGACUGCUUGCACAACUGGUCUUGUUAAGUAG